ACAGAGACUUGUCAUUUGUUUUUAUUUAUUAUUUAUUUGAACAGAAAUUGUUCAUAAAAAACAUUGAUGUUCAAAAAAGUGUAGUGAUAAAAACGUACAGGCUCUAAAUGUGAAACAUUCCAAUAGUUGUGAUAUUAAUUGUAAUCAAAAUGGCUAGCGGCGGUGAGAAAAACUGGAGUAGGCCUUGGUCUAUGGAGGAGAUGAUAGAAAACGCCGAAAACUGGUCUUUAGCGGGAGACGUGGCCCUUUUGAACACCCUCAAAGCCUUCUCAGAAAAUCUGUUCUCAAAAACUCUCCUCAUUAGCAACAAUGUGAACAACCUGUUGCACAGUUUGGAUGAGGUGAAUUUGAAGUUGAAUUUAUCCCAGAACGAGUUUCAAAGCCUGCGGAAUACCCAGUUCAUCGAAAGCAGGGUUUACGAAGACGACGAAACGUUGGACUUUAAAGAAGAAGCUCAGCCUGAACAAAAAGCGCCCUCUGACGAGGAAAAAGAGAAGCUGAUGCGGGAGUCCGUCCUAGAAGGCCUACGAGUUGUUGAUAAGUACUUCGAAAGAGUUGAAGUAUCUAUAAGUGAUAGCGAAGAUGAAGAAUCCGAUAAAAGUUACAUCUUACGGCCUAAAGACAUUUAUGCCGACCGCCCCCUACCUUUGGUUAUUGGUACCGAGGAAUGGUACAAGAAAUGGCAUGUCGGACUUGCCGAUUCCUCUAGCGAAAGCGAGUCCGAGAAGGUUUCGGAGACUUACAGCGAUUCGGAAUCGGGCGAUGAUCUGCCGAAAGACUUGAUGAAAGGAUCGGAGACAAGCUCCGAGUUAGAUUUCUCCAGCCGGACCAGCGACAAUAGGCCUGCCGCCAAUUCCACGUUUAAUGAAUCUGCGAGGAAACCGAACGUGUUCGCGUCGGACGAGGAAAGCGACGGCCAAGGUUCCGUACCGGUUAAGACGCCAAUUUCGAGUAAGAGCUUCGCCGAGCAACUCGCCGCCAAACUUGGCGACGUAAUAAGCGAAAGGGAAGAUAUAUCCACGGAGAUCAACAGGAAGCCCAUCCAACCGGCACAGAACAAAUUUGCUGGUGACUUAUUCUCUGACGAACCUCCUCCUUUGGACGACUUGGAAGACACGAUACUGCCGAAAAGCGCUCACGAGGGUCUGUUUUCCGGGGGACGUGGCCUUUUCGACGACAACGAAGACGAUCUGUUCUGGGGCCAGCAGAGCAAAGGGCCUAGUGGUAAGCCUUCGGACGGAGCGGAGGGCGUUAAGAAGGAAACCGAGAGGUCUAGCGAAAAGGUUGUUUCCUCGGUCGAUCCCCCGCCUAGAUCUUCGCAGGUUACUAAAGGCCCUUUCGACACCGACGAGGAUAGCAGUGACGAGGACAUUUUUUCCACGAAAAAGAAGCCGGUAGCGAGACAACCUUUCCUGCAACCUUACGCGACGACCGCGCCGCUUUUCGACGAAGAACCUCCGGAAUUGGAGAAGCCCAAAAAGCCGAUAGAAGAGAAAAAGAAACCGAUAGGAGGAGUGUCGAUUUUCGGGAAAUCCGACAUAUUCUCCGGGGAAAAAGUGGGAAAUAUAUUAAAAUCGCGACAGCAAGAUCCGGGAAACAGCGGUAACGUUGACGGGAAAGUAACUCGACCAACCGUCAAGUCUGAGAAAAACAGUGAAGAGGUAAAGCCUAAGUUGCCGAAUUUAUUCGACGAAGACGAAGAUAAAGAACCUGCAACGGUUCCCACUUUAGCAAACCCCAAGCCUCAGAAAAUAAGUCUGUUCGACGAUGAAGAAGAAGCAAAACCAGAUCCCGCGUCAAAGCCCAAGAAAAUCAGUCUUUUCGACGACGACGACGAUCUCUUCAAAGACGACUUGUUCUCCGGUAUCACCGCGAAAAAGCUGACGUCCAACUUGUUCGACGACGUAGGCGAAAGCUCCGAAAACCUCUUCGCCGCAAACGUUAAUAAAAACGACACCCCCAAGGCUGAUCUGUUCAGCGAUUUGGCCGGCAUCGAAGAUGUCGAUAAGAACGUCACGGAGCAGAAACCCGAGGCCAAACCGAAGAAAACCCUCGAUUUGUUCGCUGCCGAAGAAGAUUUGUUUGGUAUAAUACCGAAACCUGUCGAAAAUGUCGAUAAAACCGUGACGGAACAAGAAAACGACUUGAAACCGAAGAAAACUCUCGAUUUGUUUAGUGCCAAGGAAGAAGAUUUGUUUGGUAUAAAACCGAGUAGUAGCGAGCAGUUGCUUCGUGAUAACACCGAAAUUGACGAUAUCACGAAAGAAACUGAAGGCUCAAAACGCACUGUAGGUAUAAACGAUGAAGUAGAUAAAGGUGCUACCAAAACUGUCGAAAACUUGCCCCAAAGGCAGGUGAUAGGUGCGGAAAAGUUGUCGUCGAGUGAGCAGAAGACCACAAAGGGACUUUUUGAUGAGAGCCUGGAAAAGGACGAUAGUGAAGAUCUGUUCAAGCAGGUAAAUGUGAAGAAAGAGCAAGAGAAAACUGACCUGUUCGAGGAUCAAACUUCAGAAAUUGCAAAAAAUACCGCCCAAAACCAGAAAAACGUAAAGUCUGACCCUAAAGAGGCCCCACAAUCCCAGAUGGUCAAUUCAGAACCAGGAACAUCGAAUGUUGUAGAGAAAUCUGAAACUAGAACUACUAUAAAUCUGUUCGGGUCGUCUCCGCCGCCGGAUGACGAUGACUGGGACACUAAAUCGGUCCCGUCUUCGGAUAACGAGGACCAGUUUUCGUUCCGCAUCGACUAUAACACAGCGGGAUCCAGUCUCUUCGAUAACGAACCGCCCUCACUCGGUCCGAAUGAGUCUAGUGGCAUAGUACGAGACGAAAACGUUACGAGGGUGGAUACCGACGAGUCUUUCUUCAACCCAUACGCAUCGUCUUCCAGAAGACUCUCCUCGGACGUUUUCAGCGAUCAGCAGUCGCAGGACAGUUUCUUCGUCACUAAGAAUAAAACCGAGUCCGUCAGUGUCGUUCCGCCGCUGGAUAAAAUACCGGAAGUCAGCAAGUUUAGCAAUCUAGACAUAACCCCUAGCGGUAACUUGGAGGAUUUAGAAGAUUCAAAAGGUGAUAGUUCUGUAUUCCAAGACAGCCCCCAGCAUAGCCAGAUUGCUACUUCCGACCCCAAGAAGCCUGUUUCUCUUUUCGACGACGAAUUUGACAACUCUGCAGAUGCCGACGGGUUGUUCUCGUCCAUAUCUAAAAGCAGCAACGCGCCUAAACUUUCGGAGAAGCGAUUAUCGCUCUUCGACAAUAUGGAUGAUGUCUUGGAGGUAAAUCAUAAAAGCAAAAAUCCAGUUCAGGUCGAGAAUAAAGAGGAAGCCAAAGAUUCUACGAAAGCCGAAGAGUUAGUGACAGAAACAGAACAAAAAAGUAUGUCGGCUGAGGCUGUUAGCGGUGAAAAAAAGGUCAAGAAGCCCCCGACAGGCUCACCCGGCAAGCUGAAACACAACCUCAAAAUCAACGUGAAUGCCCUGAUGCCGGGCGCAGCCCCUCCGAGACUAAGAGAGAUGAUGAAAUCUCACAGCCUGGACCUGCCCAAAGACCAGACAACGACCCCUACGCAACCUUUGAGCCCCGACGUGGGACUUUUCAUGCCUACCGUUUCGAUUCCCCGCAGGGACGGAUCGAGCACGAGUUCGGAGAAAGCGGUGAGCUUCGAAGACGCGCUGGAUAACAUCGAAGUACUUCACAGCGUCACAAAGGAUAGGGCAAAGAUCCCGAUAAAGAGGCGACCGUCGACCAGAAGAGGGCGCAAGCAGGCUAUACAGACCGCAUCGUCGGAGCCUGCAGUUGUGAAAGGUGACGACGAUGCUGACGUCGUGACGGAAAGUACCAAAUUCGAGCCUGUAGUGGUAGAACCAGUGACGUACCAAGAAUCUCCGCCGAGCCUAUUCCACACACCCCCGUCAUCCGAAGCCGUCCAAACAGCGCAAACUCCACCCUCGGACGUGAAGCAAUCGAGGGUCGCCAGCAUCUUGGACGAUAUCGGAAACGACGCCAGCGACCUCUUCCCCGCUUCGACUGAGAAAGUCACCGAGGAAAAGUCGAAGGGUUCCAUUUUCGAAUCGGAAGAUUCCGACGGCGAAUUAUUCGGCCACACCGGGGCUAACAGGGCGAAGAAGGAGGGCGCACACAAGAAAGUCGACGGCGGGAAGAAGAAACCCCUGUUCAACGACAGUUCCAGCGACGAAGACCUGUUUUCGGGCGCCGGCGGGGGCGGUUCCAAGAGAAAAGAAAAUGUGCAAAAAGUUAUCGAAAAGAAACCCCAAAAACCUCCGACGACGAGGAAAUUGGAAAACAUAGAAACGAACGAGGACCCCCUCUCGUCUUUGUUGAAAUAAAUAGCGUAUCUACAAAAUUGUUAGCGAUUGUUUAAAGUUUAUCUAAUGCUAUUCGAUUGGCUUAAAUUGUUUAUUUAAAUGUUAUCUGUUGUAUGAAGUUAUAAACCAAGGUUUUAUUAAAAUAAUUCAUA